AUGAGGUAACAGAAGGCUUUUUUUCUAAUCAGAAGGAAAUUUAUAUUGAUUUCGAUUUCCAGAAAGAUCUGUAAGCGGCCAUGUUCUUCAACCCCAUCCAUCGACUAUCCGGCCGUAUUUAGACAAUAUUGUGGAAAACCCGCAUAUUUUACAUGAAAACGUACGUCUUUUAUUAAUAAAUAAUAUAACGAUGAAGAGGGACGUUUUUAUUAUUCAUAAUUUCGUAAAUGUACGAUUUAUCAGCUAAGUUUUUCACCCUAAACGGUGUUUUUCCGUCAAAAAAGCCAAAACGUGAUGGCUGAAAAAUUGAGGGGGCGGGGCUUGUUUUGGGACGCCGCAAAUCCAUGGAUUUGCUACCUGCCAAUUUUGCGCCGUCGCAAAAGGGCCGAUUUGCUACCUCCCAAUUUUGCGCCGUCGCAAAAUGGCCGAUUUGCUUCCGACGUCUUUUUUGGAGGUUGCAAAUUGAGGUUUCCGCUACUUUUUGAAAUUGGUAGCGGAUCCAGCAAACAUUAUCGAACUCGAGAAAAAAUUCUUAUUCCUUCGCUCUUAUAUUCUGAAUCAGAAAAUUUUUGCGAAUUUUUUGAUAUAUAUCUCGACCUGUAACUCCACACCCCAUAGAAGUACUUUCCUUGUUAAAAAUCUCAAUAUUCUUUAAAAAAUUUUUGAAAAUUUGAAAAUUUUUUCAAUUUCAUUUUAAAUUUUUUUUUGAAAAUUUUUUGAAUUUAAAAAACUUUCCGUGUUGAAAAUAAAAACUCAUCUUACGUAUUCUAAACUAGCCUAGUUUCAGCGUUAUCUCCCCAAUUUUUUCCGUCCAUUCCACCUUCCAAUCCAGCCACGCCGCGUGUAUCGAACGGCGCCCGUUUGGCGCAUCCGACCGCAGUCGGUCUCUACGAUCCUAUGCCGCCGGCGAUGCCUCAGGUCCUAACCACGACUGGCGGAGUUUUAGCGCCAACUCAGAUACGACCAGCCCCUCCGCCAGCACCUUUAAGGGAUUCGAAAAUUUCGUCAAGGACGAAUUUGAAUAUAAACAAUCUACCUCCACAGAGAACGCCGUUACGAAUAGUGCUAUUGGGGCUUGGUGGGGUGGGGAAAAGUGCGAUUACAAUACAGUUUGUGCAGGUAAGACUGUAAUGAGCUGGUAGAAAAAUAAUUUGAAGUUCAAUUUUUAUUUUGUAAAAUAAAAAUUUAAGAAAAAAUGGAAAAACAACAUAAAUUUUAUGAUUCCAAACACCUCUCCUCUUAAUUUCAGCAAUACUUUAUCCACGAUUACGACCCCACAAUAGCGGAUUCGUACGCAAAACAAUGUUAUGUCGACGAAAAUAUGUGGAAGUUGGAGGUGUUGGACACGGCCGGUCAAGACGAAUUUGCAGCCAUGAGAGAGCACAACGUCCGAAGUGGCGAUGGAUUCCUACUAGUAUUCUCGCUGACAAAUCGAGAGAGUUUUGAGUACCUCAAACGACUGUACCAUUAUAUCGACAGAGUGAAGGACAGAGACUUCUUUCCAAUGAUUGUGGUUGGAAAUAAGUGCGAUUUGAGCGCGCAACGGCAGGUGAGUAGUUGUAUUAGGUCUAGAAUCACCGGUUUUGAACCGUUGAAGCCAUUUCUGACGGAUUUUUUUACACGAAUCACGACUAACGUAAGCUACAAUGAGCGUUUGAUGCGUCGUCGGCGUUUUUCCUCACAUUACACGUGCAGAAUAAAGUUUCCCGCAAACGACAUUUUCUUACGAAGAAGUUGGUCAUCUUGGAGGCUAUAUCAAAGCCGUUAUAUAAAUCCCUACCAUACGAAACAUAUAUCAGCAGAUAGCGAUUUCAGCGUUCUUUUAGAUGCUCUAAACAGAAAUUGCGAAAUUGUAUUGCCACUUGUGAAAAAUGCAAAACAAAAAAACGACAAAGUCAUAUUUCUAGACCUAAUACGUCAAUUUUUAUCACUCCAAAUGUCUAAUUUUUAUUAUCCAUGAGAGCAACUGAUGGGUUUCGGCUAUAGUUUUGAUGAAUUUCACCAAUUAUCCUUUUUGAUUUUUCUAACAGGGGAAGUACUCCAAGCUUUGGAGCUCCAAGUGCGACGCUCAGAUUUGGAUGAAACUUGGCACAAAUUUAGAAUAUUUUUUCGAAGAUAUAUGCGAAAAUCCUAGCUCGCUCUUUGCAGAAACAACCGAGAUUUUUAGAUCGAAAGUCGGCUUAAAUUUAGGACUUUCUGCCGAAUUUUGGCACGAAAAGUUUCAUGCCUAUUUCAACCGUAAAGGAUAAUGUUUCUACGAAAAAUCAAAUUUUUCCGCACGAAACUGCCAAAACUAUGGCCAAAAAGCGCUUUUCUCUUUCAACGUUUAGCGUGCUCUCUCGGCGGCAACAAUCGUUCGAUAUCUCAGCGGUGGCCGCAAAGAGCGAGCUAAAACUUUCAGGAAUUGAUACUCACAGGGGAGGUACUCCAAGUUCGACGCUCAGAUUUUCUUUAAAUUUUGCGCACACGUCCGGUAUGGACUAAAUAUCAAUUCACGAAAGUUUUAGCUCGCGCUUUCCGAGAUAUCGAACGCUUUUUGCCGCCGAGAGAGCACGCUAAACGUGGAGAGCGGUCAGAGAGAAAACACCUUUUUGGCUAUAACUUUGGCUGUUUCGACCCGUGACUUCUCGCAGAAAGCGAAAUAUUGCCAUAACAAAAAAUGGCUAAUAUAUUCGUAUUUUAGCAAAGCCAUGACAUAAACAUAGACUUAAACUGUGAAACUAAAGUAUAUAACUUGAGUAUUAUAUAUUUUUCAGGUGUCCCGUGAAGAGGCCGAAAGUUGGGCCCAAUCCGUCCAGCUGCCAUAUGUAGAAUGUUCCGCCAAAUUCCGACAAAAUGUUGAUCGAGUGUUUCAUGAUCUGGUCAGGUUAAUACGGUAGGUCCAGUCAAGACAAAAAGUUCUUUAUUUUUUGUCAUAAUUCUGCCAAAAACAAAACAGAAUCAUUUAUCAUUUUUCACAAGAAAUUUUUGAAGCACGUCGGUGUAUCAUAACUGAAUUUAAUUUCAGGCAAUUCCAAAUAGCCGAGCGUCAGAUGGGACUGGAAUACAUUUCGGAUUCGGCAAAUACCUCCGGCUCCAGCGGGAGUCACAAGAAGAAGAAAGGAUGCAUUGUAAUGUAA